CGGCGCAUGCGCAGAGCUUCCCGACGAGUGAAUUUUCGCGGACAACUACGUUACGCCGCUCGGAGCCGAUGCCAGAGGUGCAACAGUGUAAAUGCGCUGGUUUGGCUUUGGCUUUAACGCAUUUGGACAGAUAUGCGUCCAGGAGAAAUUAGACAAAGAUGUAAGAAGCGACAGCGAAGUUAAAGUGAGUAAUCCAACCGAGCUAAGAAGUCAUGUGGACAGAAGCUGCUGCUGCCUGAAGACCAGUCAUGUCAGAGCAAGUUGGAGCCGAAGAGCGUCUUUGCAUUUGGAUGCAGACGGCUGUGUGUGCCUGGCAGGUUUCGGGGUGUCCUCUUCCUCCGAGGACUGGAGCGUCUCUCCUGCAGAGAGCCGAGGAUGCAAAGAUGCAUCCAUCAGUGAGUCACACCUGAGCCUGGCGUUCACAGACAGGAUUGAAACCUGGGAUCUGCAGAAGAAAGAGGCGACUCCGUCCUGGAGUAUGGAGAUUAAAGCUCAGUCAGAAAGCUCUGCUGUGAAUUUCCCUUUGGUACCCGGAGGUUAUGUCACCUCCAAACCUCCUUUCUACUGCUCCUUGUCGCCGCAACUGAAAGCCAAGAGUUUGGCACUGGGUGGGGAGCACGCCGUCCUCCUCACGGCUACUGGAGCUGUGUACACCUGGGGACUGGGAAGCCACGGUCAGCUGGGCCACGGAGGGCUCGUCUCCGAGGAGGAGCCCAGGGCAGUGGAAGCACUCUGGGGGAUGCCCAUGAGCUCCGUGGCCUCAGGAGGCUGGCACUCUGUCUGCAUUAGUGACGGGGGCGACCUUUAUGUGUGGGGCUGGAAUGAGAGCGGCCAGCUUGGACUUCCUUCACGAGGUCUGAGGAAAGCGUCGCAAGAGAAAUGUAGCCAACAAGCAGAGGGAUUGAACCAAGAUGCCAGCACGUCUCCGGAUAAAGAUUUGCAGGAGGGAGAGAAAAGUGAAGAGGUGUUCAUAUCGAUCCAGGCUUUCCCCGCGCUUCUGGAUGUUACUCCAUCGUGUGAAAUCCGCGCAGCCAGCUGUGGCUCUCGGCACACAGCUGCAGUAACAACUACAGGUGACCUCUACACUUGGGGAUGGGGUGAAUAUGGACAACUGGGACAUGAAACAUUACAGAGUUCAGAUGAGCCUCAGCGUGUGGAGUUUUUCAGGCUUGAGCAGAUGCAUGUGGUUGAUGUAGCGUGCGGGACAUGGAACACAUUCGCUGCUGUUGUCAAGGAGGAAGUAGCUCGCUCCUAAAUAUACGACUGUGAACUCUGAACCGUGUCCUCUACCAGGAAGUGUAAAUGAUCUCAUCAAAUACAUAGAUAGUUUGGAUUAAAUAUAUUUAAUGAUA